UUUUUUUUUUUUUUUUUUCUGUUUGAAUGAAGGUUGUGUCCAUUGUAAGCUCCUUGGUACUCCUUGGUCUUGCACAAACCAUAAGUGCCUUACCUAUCUUUGAAAUUCCCAAUGACUUUGAUAGAUAUGGAAAACAAUGCCCUUUGAAGCCUAUGAAUAAUGUCGCUUGUCCAACAUUAUGUGUUACCGAUCAUUCAUUAUGUCCUUCAGCAUUAGCACCUACUUGUCCAACUGGUCAACAAUUUUGUGGUGACGGCACGUGUCAGUCAACUUGCAAAGGUAUUGACAAUAUGUGCAGUUGUGGUGAUACUACUCUACCCACCAAUUAUGUUCCAUGUGCUGCUGGUCAGCAAGUCAAUAUCACUCAUUUUGAUCCUCGGAAUGCAGAAACUCAAACACAACAAGUCUGUGCAGCUUCUGUGAAUGUAACUCAAGCUAGUAUCUAUCCUGUUUACAAUCAAUCUUCUGUCUGGGUCACUUGUCCUGCUGUUGUACCUUACUUUACUUGGCGUGAACCCAUGUGGAUUGCUAUUUGGACUUAUGUUGCUUUACAAGCUUUCAUCUUGAUCACUUGGCAUCUUUACAAAACUACUCGUGAAUAUCCAUUUCACCGUGAAUUCGCUGCUGCUACUGCUGCUGCUACUGCUACUACUACUACUACUUCUGCUUUGGCCUCUUCUGCCUCAUUACCUUUCUCUGGUAACAAGAACAACGUUGUCAAUGAAAAAGCUGUUAUUAACGGUGCUAUAGUGGAUGAAAAGAAAAAUAAAAUGGUUAGUGAUACAUCAAGUGAAGCUUCUUCUCUCCGUGAUUCCGAACGUUUACGAUUCCGUGGUUUCAAGAAUGAUUAUUUUGGAUGGUUUGCUUUAGGUUCUGUAGUGAUCACAACACUUUUGUUUAUUGUGUUUUUGGCUUGUAUCGUUAGUGAUAAUUAUGGUAAUCUCGCUGGUGGUGUAGAAUUAUAUGUAUUUUUGACAGGUGACCUUUCCUCUCAAAUUUAUUGUGUUGUUUGGCAUGUCUCUGGUGCUUGGUUCGCCGUUCUUCUUAUGACUCAACAGCGUCUUCGCAAUUAUUUCCGUAUUGAAUCCUAUGCUCACACGUGUCCUUAUAUUCAAGUUGAACGAAAACAAGAUCCUCUUAUCUUUUUGGAUGAUGGUAGCAAAUGGUUGGCUAAAUUCAGAGAAAUUGAAGCCAAAUUUGUUCAACGUUUCGGUUGGGAUAUCAGUAUCAUUACAGCACCAGUUCGAAAAACUACAAACAAUGUCCGUUAUUUUGAAUAUCAAUGCAUGCGAUAUGUUUACAAUGCUCAGAAAACUCGUUUUGAACCUUAUGAAUUCGAUCUUGGUACUACCCAUCGUCAGCUUCAAGGUUGGGCAGAUGGCGUUUCCUCUGAAGAAGCUUUUCAACGAUUGGAACUUCUUGGUCCUAAUUUGAUUCGUGUACAAGUCCCAAGUAUCCCUCGCGCUGUUAUUCAAGAAUUUGCCUCUCUCUUGUAUCUAUAUCAAAUGAUGUGUAUGUGGGUGUGGUAUUACUUCAAAUAUUAUCAGAUGGGACUUGUCCAAACUUGUAUCAUUCUAUUGUCAGCAUUUAUUCGGGUUUUCUUACGAUUACGUGGUGAAUAUCAUAUUCGUGAUAUGGCAGAACAGAAAACGGUGGUUCGAGUAUAUCGUGAUGGUGAAUGGUUGGAAAAUAUCUCAAGUUCUGAUAUUAUACCUGGUGAUAUCUUUGAAGUAGAAGAAAUGGCUCAAGUACCUUGUGAUGCUGUGAUUUUAUCUGGUGAUGUAGUGGUGAAUGAAUCUUCUUUGACUGGUGAAGCCAUGCCUAUCCGCAAAUUCGCUAUACCUCAUGAUGACAAUAUCUACGAAAUGAUGGGAUCUGGAAAAAUCAAUACUCUUUUUGCUGGUACGACUGUAGCUCAAGUGAAUCUUGUGGAUAAUGGUAUUGACAAAAAGAAACCUACUCGUGUAUAUGCUUUGGCUCUACGUACUGGUAUUACCACCGAAAAGGGUAGUCUGAUUCACAAGAUCCUCUUCCCUUCACCUGUCAGCUUUAUCUUCAAUGAACAUAUCAAAGUAGCUAUUGGUGUACUCUUGAUCUGGGGUUUGAUUGCAUUUGCCUUGUCUAUUUACCUCAUGGGCCGUGGAAACAUUACUAGUUGGUAUUAUGGUAUCUUUGUCAUGUCUCAAAUUUUCUCACCUUUGUUACCUGCUGCCUUUACCAUCAAUCAAAGUGUAUGUGCUGCUCGUCUCCGUGGCAAGAAAAUUCUCUGUAUUGAUCUACCUCGUAUCAAUUUAUCUGGUAAAGUACGGAUUUUCUGCUUUGAUAAAACUGGUACUUUGACAAGAGAAGGUUUGGAAUUCUUUGGUGCUGUUAGCAAAUCAACAACGGAUGGUGAAAAUGAACGUGUGGGAGAUCCUACCUUGAUGCAACCUACUUUUGCAAUGGGGAUCGCUACUUGUCAUGCUGUCACCAAGAUGAAAGAUCAAUAUAUUGGAAAUCCUGUUGAUAUUGAAUCUUUCAAUGCGAUGAAAUGGGAGUUAUUACCUACUUCUGAUCCUAUGCAUUUGGAUACCUUACGUGCUCCUUCUACUGAUCCCAAUCAUAUCAAUGAACCUGUCCAUGUUAUCCGUCGAUUUGAAUUUGUCCAUGCCCGUGCUUCCCAAUCGGUUGCUGUCCAUGAUCCUCGUACGAAUCACGUCCAUGUCUUUUUGAAAGGUUCCUUUGAACGUAUCAAAACUUUAAGUACUAAGCAAUCUAUUCCCGAUGAUUACGACCAAACUGCUGCCAGAUAUGCAAAAGAAGGCUGUUAUGUGCUUGCUAUGUCUCAUCGUGAUCUAGGUGUUUUGGAUGUGGAUGUUACUAUGGAAGAUAUCAAGAGAAUGUCCCGUGACGAUCUCGAAAAGGAUUGUUCUUUUAUUGGUUUUGUUCUAUUCAGGAACAUGUUGAAACAUGACACUACAGAUGCCAUUGCUGAACUCAAAGGUGGUGAUACUCGUGUUGUUAUGAUCACUGGUGAUACGGCUCUUACUGGUAUUUUUAUCGCUCGACAAUGUGGUAUGAUUGUUUCACAUCAUCGUGUUAUUCUUGGUGAUUUGGUGGCUGGCAAUAUGGUAUGGCAUGAUGUGGAUUCUGGUGAAUAUGUGGAUGUAGAUGAUGCUUUAGCUUCUGAUCCCCGUGAAGAUCAUGAAAAACAAGUAGAAUUGGCUCUCACUGGUCGCGCUUUUGAAUGGCUCUGUGCUCAACGAACUAUGCGUCGUUAUCUUUUACAUACCCGCGUGUUUGCUCGUAUGACUCCAGGUGACAAGGUACAAUGUGUUCAAUUACAUAUGGAAAAAGGUGUUACGGCUAUGUGUGGUGAUGGUGGGAAUGAUUGUGGUGCUUUACGUGCUGCUCAUGUUGGUCUUGCUCUUUCUGAAGCCGAAGCAUCCAUUGUAUCUCCUUUCAGUACAAACAAUAGAUCUGUCAUGCAAUGUGUUGAACUACUUCGACAAGGUCGAUCUGCUUUGGCCACCAGUUUUGCAAAUUAUAAAUUCUUGAUCUUUUAUGGUGAAUGUAUGGCAUUCUGGGAACUACUUAUGUUUUAUUUUACAGUGAUUGGACCUCAACCUAUUUGGAUUUCCAUCGAUGGUUUCACAACAACAACCAUGACAUUUGCUAUUACUCAAGCUCUUCCUGCAGCACGACUUGGUCGCUCUCGACCCACGGCCAAACCUCUUGGCAUUGAAACUUUGGCUUCCUGCUUAGGUAUCGUAUUCAUCAACUUUUGGUUCAUUGUUUCUAGUGUGAUUUGGCUUUUCCAACAAGACUGGUUCAUCUGCAAUGAAUUCGAUAGUUCUUCUAUUGAUGCUUCUAGAUGGUGGUUACUAGGUGAUAACUAUGAAUCUGAAAUCAUUGCAUUGGUAGUGAUGGCUCAAUUUUUCCAUAAUGGUGCUCUUGUCAACUUUGGUUCUGUCUUCCGACGAUCUUGGUGGCGCAACUAUACCCUUGUUUUCAUCUGGUGUUGUUUCUUUGUUCAUAUUAGUUACCUUGUGCUGGCGGAUCCCAAUCCUUAUAGUUGUAUUUUCCGUAUCAAUUGUGGUACUGCAUCUGUAUUGGAAGAGCUUGGUUAUCCUAAACCUUGGUGGUCUAUUGAUCCUUACAAUGCUCCUUUAGGUCACAAUGUAUUACCAACUUACUUCCGAUGGCAAUUAUGGGGCUUUAUUUUAGCGAAUAUGGUGGCAACUGUGAUCUGGGAACGGCUGAUUGUUCUUGGUUUAGCUAGAAAUUGGGCUAUCAAGCGUGCUCAAGCUCAUCCCAAUAAGAAACGUAUUCUUUUCAAGCUUUAACGUAGUUGAUUCCUUUUUUUUUUAUUUUAUGUAUUUGAUAUUUGUAUUGUGUGUGUUUUAUCCUAUUAGUUUUUUUUUCAUAUUUCAAUUUAUUUUAUAUUCCCUUAUCUUACUUGUGUACCACUAGUUAUUUCUACAAAUAGAUAUUUCCUCCAUUUUCAUUCAUGUUCAAUAAACAAUGUGGGGUUAAUUACCUUCUCUUUUUUUUCACACAAA